CUAUACGUUAGUGGUGUAUGUAUGUGUGGUUUUGUUGUUUUCUUCUGUCAGCUGUUCGUGAUUUUAUAAAAAAUAAUUUAACUUACCAAAAGCUUCAGCAAUAUUUUUUGUAUACACUUAUAGAAAUUGAAUUUGAUAUAACAUUGUGAUAACUGUUAAUAUAAAAUUAAAAACUCUAAAAACAAUGCGUCUACUUGUAUUAUAUGGUAGCCAAACUGGAACAGCUCAAGAUGUAGCUGAAAAAAUUUGGAGAGAAUCCAAAAACUACUCAUUUACUGGUCCAUUUAUGUCUAUGGACGACUAUGAUAUUCAAAAUUUAAUAAAAGAACAACUUGUAGUUUUCGUUGCUGCAACCACCGGACAAGGCGAAGAACCUGAUAAUAUGAAGAAAUUUUGGAAAUUUCUAUUACGAAAGAGUUUACCCACAAAUUCUUUACAAAACUUGAAAUUUGCUUGUGUUGGCCUUGGAGAUUCAAGUUAUGCCAAGUAUAAUUUUGCUGCAAAGAAACUCAACAAAAGGUUGAUUCAACUUUCGGCUUCUCCUAUUAUUCCAAUAGGACUUUGUGAUGAUCAACAUGAUCAUGGAAUGGCUGCUAGUUUACUCCCAUGGAUUCAAAAUUUGUGGACAACUUUUAAACAAACAUAUCCUUAUCUAAAGGAGACAAUUUCAAAUGAGUUCUGCUAUAAAUGGACUGUUUUUGAAAGUUCCAGUACCUUUAACUCAGAUUUGAGCCAUUUAAAAUGGCCAUUUAAGGAAAAGCCUUUAAACUUUCAAGUUAUUGAAAAUGUGAGAACCACUUCAGAAGAUCAUUUUCAAGAUGUCCGGCUGAUAAAGCUUAAAUUUCCGCCAAACUCAACUUGGAAUCCAGGUGAUGUCUUACAGGUACGACCGUGUAAUUCUGAUGAAAAAGUUGAUGAACUGUUUGAAAUUUUGGGCGAACAUAAUCUGCCUUUCAAUAAAAAUACUGUGGUUGAACUUAAACAAAAUCACGAAGACCUCCCUGUUCCACUGCCAUAUCAACACCCAGUUACCCUUGGACUCCUGGCAAAAUACGUUUGGGAUCUCACUUCUGUUCCUAGACAAAGUGCCUUCGGAUUAUUAGCUCUGAAUUGCAAAGAUGAAUUAGAAAAGGAAAAACUUGAAGAAUUCACAACAUCGGAGGGUUUGGAAGAAGUGAUAGCCUAUGCAAAUAGACCGCGCAGAUCAAUACUGGAAAUAUUAUACGAUUUCCGUCAUGCAACAGCCGCUUUAACUUUGCCUAUAUUAUUUGAACUUUUUCAAAUUAUACAGCCGCGAAGUUUUUCAAUAGCUUCUGUGGUUGAGGAAGGGUCUCUUAAUCUUUUGGUGGCCAUAGUUGAAUAUAAGACAAAGUUAUCGACACCAAGACGUGGUUUAUGCUCCAAUUGGCUUAAAAAUAUUGUAAUUGGAGAUGAAAUUCUAGGAACUAUCAAGCGAGGAACAUUUAUAAUUCCCAAAGAUUUUUCAACGCCAUUGAUUAUGGUUGGACCUGGAACUGGUAUUGCGCCGUUCUUAAGUGUUCUCAUGGAAAGAGAAUAUUCAGCAGAAAUUCCCACCGAAUCAAUGGUAUUUUUCGGUUGCAGAAAUAAGGACAAGGAUUUCUUUUGCAGGGAAUAUUUUGAACGUUUUGAAUCAAAAGGAAUUGCAAAAUGUCUGACUGCUUUUUCUAGAGAUCAAGAAAACAAGAUUUAUGUUCAACAUUUGAUAAAGGAUUAUUCUUCUUCAAUAAGAGAUCUUAUUUUGAAUAAAAAUGCAAUUAUUUUGGUAGCGGGAUCCUCCAACAACAUGCCAAAGUCUGUUAAGGAAGCAUUUACUGAAGUUCUGGAAGAUGAAUUAUUCAUUGAGAAAAUGAUCAAGACAAAUCGAUACCAAGAAGAAACAUGGUCCUAGAUAAAAUUGUAUUUAAAAAAAAUUAAUAAUAAAAGUUAAUAAUAAGUUACUUG